AUGGCGCAUUCUCCUCGAACAAAGGGCAUCAUACAGCACUUUGAGCAGCAAAUGAGGCUGCAGGUAGAAGGACUUGGCGAUGAUAUCCGAACAACAAAUGAGCGCCUGGGCCAGCUUGAGAGCUCCCAGCUUGCAACAGGUGCAACGCUGAAUGAGAUGAAGACCGCCCAGGCCACCACCAACACUAAUCUGGCCAACAUCAUGACACGCCUUCAGGACCUGUCACAACAGCUUGCUAAUGUUGUACAGGGCCAAGCUGCCCAUAGUGAGAUUGACGAACAGGGUGAUGCUGAUUACGCUGGUGAUACCGAGCAUGAAGAGCUUCCCAAUAACCACAAUGCUCGGGAUCAUCAUCGGUGGCGUGCAAAUCAGCAAGGUAUGCGUCAAAACCAGCACCGACGUGAGGUACGUAAUCAGGAUGAUUCUUUUGCUAAAGUUAAAUUCACUAUACCUGCGUUCAAUAGCAAAUAUGAUCCUGAUGCUUAUCUUAACUGGGAGCUCGCUAUUGAUCAAAAGUUUGCAUGCCAUGCUUUUCCUGCAAAUAACCAAGUUAGGGCUGCUACUAGUGAGUUUACAGAUUUUGCAUCUAUUUGGUGGAGAGAACAUUGUGGUACCAAUUCUGUUGAAGAGUACUAUCAGGAGCUGCAAAUUGGUAUGUUGCGUUGUGGCUUAGUUGAGAAUGAUGAUGCAGCUAUGGCACGGUUUUUGGGGGGGCUGAAUCGUGAAAUUCAGGAUGUUCUUGAUUACAAGGAGUACAAUAAUAUUACUCGUUUGUUCCAUCUUGCUUGCAAAGCUGAACGUGAAGUGCAGGGACGUCAAACGAGGACACGAGCUAACUAUUCUGCAGGUCGCACCAACUCUUGGAAACCAGCCACUACGGCUGCGUCGUCCUCCCCUUCGGCUGCACCAUCUCCAUCCAGCAACAAACAACAAACCGUGUCUUUAGCACCUCAUGUACAAACCAAAGCUGCACACAACAGUUCAACACCAAGUGCUUUGGUUGCUUCUACCGGAUGCACUAAGGAGAUACAGUGCCACCGCUGCAAGGGCUAUGGACACGUCAUCCGUGACUGUCCAAACAAGCGCGUGCUGGUCAUACGUGAGGAUGGUGAGUAUUCUUCAGCUAGUGAUUUGGAUGAUGCAACAUAUGCCAUGCUUGCCACUGACGUUGCAGGACACAAAGAUACAUUUGCUCAUGAAGAACAUGUUGCUGCUGAUGAUGCCGACAAGUAUUUCAGCCUGGAAUACUCCGACGUUUUUCCGAAGGAUUUACCUGCAGGUCUCCCACCUCUCCGUGGCAUUGAACAUCAGAUUGACCUUAUUCCGGGAGCUUCAUUGCCCAACCGUGCGCCAUAUCGCACCAAUCCCGACGAGACGAAAGAAAUUCAGCGCCAGGUACAAGAAUUACUUGAUAAGGGGUACAUCCAUGAAUCUCUUAGCCCAUGUGCUGUUCCUGUCCUGUUAGUGCCCAAGAAAGAUGGCUCAUGGCGCAAAUUUGUGGUUGUCUAUUUUGAUGAUAUACUGAUUUACAACAACUCUUUGGAGGAACAUAUUGAUCAUUUACGUGCUGUUUUCGAUGCUUUGCGAAGUGCAUGUCUUUUUGAGAACUUGGAUAAGUGCAGCUUUUGCACAGCCCAUGUAUCUUUUCUUGGCUAUGUUGUUACAGCACAAGGUAUAGAAGUGGACAGCUCCAAGAUCGAAGCAAUCCAGAGCUGGCCAACUCCUUCCACGGUGACGCAGAUUCGGAGUUUCCUCGGGCUUGCUGGAUUCUAUCGCAGAUUCGUUCGUUAUUUCAGUACCAUCGCCGCCCCGCUGAACGAACUCACGAAGAAAGGUGUUCCAUUCUCUUGGGGUCCAGCACAAGACGAGGCCUUCCUGACUUUGAAAGAUAAGUUAACCCAUGCACCUUUGCUUCAGCUUCCUGAUUUCACUAAGAUGUUUGAGCUAGAAUGUGAUGCUUAG